GCUCGCUUUGCGCCACUGAAGGGCUCAUGAAGCCGCAGUUGUUAAUGCGUAUCGACUACAAUCCCGGCAUGCGCGAUUGUUCGGGCGCAUAUGGCGGAGAGCUAUGACUGAGGAUUUGGAUGAAGAGGUUGUGUUCGAGAACUCUCCACUGUUCCAGUAUUUGCAGGAUCUAGGACAUACAGAUUUUGAGGCAUGUUCACCCAUCUCUCAGGCUCAGGAGGAGGAGCUGAAUGCCCAAGAGAGGCUUCUUCCCCGGGACGUCCUCUCCCCUCCUCGAAAUGGUGGUAUUUGGAGGUUGGCUGAGGCUCUGUGGAGUCUGACUCCGUUCCAUCAGGGCAGUGCCCCCCUGCGGCUGGAGCAGCAGCUGGACACUGCAUUUCGUCAGUACUCUCUGCGCUGUGUCUUGUCUCAGGAUGUGUUGCUGCAGGAGGAUGUGGAGCUGAUUGAGCUUUUAGACCCCAGUGCUCUCUCUCUAGGCUCCACUAAUACUGUCUGCCCCAGUGCAACCACAGCUCUCCCUGCACCAUACUACCUCUCACCACCGUCACUAUGGGAUGUCUCCGUAUUGGUCGGACUGGUGGCCGUCCUCCUUGCUGUUUGGUGUUCUUGUCCUGAGGAUGAUCAGGCCCUGUUGUGGCUGGGUGUGUGUGCAGUGUGUGUGCUGUGUGUGCGUCGUAGUGUGUCUCUCUGGCGUAAGGCAGGGCUGCAGCAGCGCGUUCAAUCUCAAGCCAUCCAGCUGGAGAGUCUGGUGAUGAACAGUCGAGCGCUGACGAGCCUGGCCCGCAAAUCACUCCGUCUAAUCCAAGAGACUGAGGUCAUCUCACGUGGAUUCACCCUUUUACUCGACAGGGUGAGUGCGGCCUGUCCCUUUAACAGGGCGGGGCAACUGCGCAGCCAGCAGCUGAUUGGUCUGAGGAAGGCAGCCUAUCAGAGUCUACGCUGCGCCUUCAGAGCCUCCCGGCUCGCUACCUGCAUCAUGCUUAAAUCUUUUCCACUCAAUUCGGAGAUCGACAAUGUCACUAACUACGUCUCCACUGUGCCUAUCAGAGAGCUCGGUCUCGGCCUGGGGGCGGAGCAUCUCUCGGAUGAACAGGCACAGGAGCUGACCAAUGACUACAGCCUGCCUGCCCUAAAGCUGUUGUUUCAGUUGUGGGUGGGUCAGAGUUCGGAGUUUUUCCGCCGACUGGCUCUGCUUCUGUCCUCGGGGAGAGAGGAGCCAGAGUCCAAGCCCCGCCCACUGGCCUACAACAGCGUGGCUACCAUUACUAGCUCCCUCCAUCCCACCCUGGCUGGUUGCCUGGGCGAACUGCAGCGCAGCUACGACUUUCAUCGUUACUUUGAGACACAGCAUCAGUCGGCAGCCUCAGGUCGGAUGGGACGUGCCAGGCAGAAAUGCAGAGAGCUCAACUCCCUGCACACGUCUGUCCGCAGCCUGCAGCUCCACCUCAAAGCCCUGCUCAGCGAGGUGAUCAUCUUGGAAGAUGAGUUGGAGAAGCUGAUGGUUGCUAAGGAAACAGAGGAGGUGACGUGUGCAGGGUAUCAGGAGUUGCGGGAGAGGCUGCACCUCCUGCAGCCCCACAUGCAGGCCAGCUCUUGCUGCUGGGAUGACAUGACAGCACAGGUGGAGCGCAUGCUGCGCAGGGUCACCAGCUGUCCAGGAAGUGCAGAAACUCCAGAGGAAGCAGCCGGUCCUGCCCCACCUCCUCCUGCCCCCAUCACGCACAUACAGAACAGAGACCCCGUCCCAGAGGAACAGGAACUGGAGGCGUAUGUCUCAGAGUCUGACUCGGACACCGAGUGGGGUGGGGCAGUGGACAUGCUGUCGCCAUGGGAGCGCGAGCGCCAGCGGCGUGAGAGGGAGGAAUCGCGCAGAGUCCUGCUGGAGCUCAAAUCCGUCCUGGGGAUCCGAACGUCAGAGGGAGAGAGAGACAAACGCAAAGUCAUGCUGUUCAGCGACCAAGCCGCUUUGGCCCAGGCCGCAACAGAGACAUCAGAGCAUCCCAUUAUUCCAGAAACCUCAGUCGUUCCAGACUGCCUGGAGCUCACAAUUGCUGCAGGCAACCAUGUAUCUCAGCAGCCGCUAGGAGGAGAGGGAGAGGAGGAGAGGGAGGAAGGACAGACUGAGAAAGACAGCACGGAGGACCGAGAGAAAGACACAGAAACGACAGAAUUCUGCUGCGGUACCGCAGACAUCACCGGGGAUACGGGAACAGAAGAUGAGGGAGGGGGGCGGAGUGUGACGGAAGGAACGCAGCUCUUUCAGUCGGAUGGGCUGAUUGAUGAGGAGGGGGCAAGACAAGACGGGACACACCCCCUUUCUCCCAGAGUCCCCACUCUUUCAGUAAUUGACAGGCUGACAGAACUGCAUGGCUCAGAAGUGCUUAGUUUAGGCUCCGCCCUCGCCGCCCAAGUAGCUGCUCGCUCACACACCUUCACACACCUGCAGGAGUGCACCUACGGGGACUCAGAAGAGGGGGAGGAGGAGGAGGAGAUGUCACAGUUGGAGGAUGUGACAUCACAGCCCGAGGAGCAGCGCUGAAGAGCUACAAAUUUUGAACUGUUUUACCACAUAGAGGUUAUUUAUUCCCAUCUAGAUUUAUUUAUUGAGCUUGAGUUCAGGACAUGGGCAUCAACGGAUGUAGCUGGUGAAUGAGUGAGUUUUAUAUGUUCUUUGUGUGCCUCUGUGUGUGCGCGUGUGUCUGUCUGCUUGUCUUUAAUGUCAUAUAAAUCCAUCAGUCCCACUUUUCUCCCAGUAUCCCUCAGGUACAAGCUAGCACAUACAGACACAUCCUACAGUUGUCAGCAAGCAUGUAUACACACACACGCAUACACACCUUAAUAGAAUAAUUUACAUUCAUACUUCUAAUGCUCAUUAUUUGUUUGUUACAUGUCUAGGUGCAGCGUAUAUUGUUGCGAUUGAGCUUGUACAGUGAUUCAUAUUUACAGAAUCACAGAUCAAAUCUUGCCAAACAAGAACAAACCAUGUUAUUGAUGUGAAGCACCACUCUUACGGUACAAGUCACACAAAUUCAUCACCCGAAAUUUCACCCCAAUUCACUUUCAGCAAGGUGCGGAAAGUUGAGCUGGCUUCAGCUUUACACAAAGUUGACGUGCCAUGCUGACUAUUUAGGCAAAAAGCAACAACAAGGGUGCCUACGUAGUUCUGUCUGAACCAGGUAUGUCAAAUUCGUUUUACCUUAUUUAACACUGAAUUCAGUUCAUGGAGGCCUUGCUCAUGAGCUGAUGAGUUAAAUCAGAUGUGUUCAAUGACACAGAACGCUGUGAAAUAGCCAGUUUAGGGGAAGCCUUGCCACCUUUCUAUUCCUCCCGGAAGGUAGAUCUUUAGGACAAGGGUUGCUGACCCUGUAUUAUAGCAAACAGGUUUCGGGCAGUAGGACACUAGCUUUACUGCGGCUUAGUGCUGUUCAACUCAUUGGUGGAGUAAAGCGGUUCAGUCUUACUGAUGUCAUGAAUGUACAUGAAGCCCUGUUAUGAAAUCUUAUAAAAUUGAUGAGUAAGAAUUUACAAGCUAUGAUUUUGCACAAAAGAUCCAUAGGACACGUUCAUUUUGGAGUCUCUCAGGAGCACCCUCUAGCAUUUGACAAAUCCAGAAGACAUUAUUGACUGGAAAUUCAUGCAUGGUCUAGCUAACUUAGGGUGCUUAUUCUCCAUAUUUUUAGCCGGAUGGAGUGGGAACAUGUCACUGGAAACGGUUGUAAAUAGGCAAAAAAUAAUAGUUUAAAUACACUACAUGGACAUACUUUACAAAAGCAUUUAAUUUAAAAAGGCCUUUUAGAACCAACUCUGCAAGAAUAGUCAACUUGAGAAGAUAAUUUAUUUGGAUUUUUUUUUUUUUUUUUUUUGGACUCAUGAUUGAGUUCAUUUGUAUCCUACGUUAUAGAGAGAUGUCCCUCAAGCACUGGCGAAGGAUACAGAGGGAGAAUUCCGUGCUGCUUGCAGGGGACACAUACCAUUAGGCUGCAUUCAGAUGGCAGGAUGCAGAUUCCAUGGCCUCCGUUCAUUCCGCUAUGGCUACCGUUUUUUUCUGUUGGGAUGCUUGCAUUGCAGAUUAAGUUGAAAAAAUUUCAACUUAAGCCUUUGUCAUUUGUAAUUUUUGACAAAAUAAUCAAUCAAAAAAGAGAGUGGGUGAAGUUGAACUGGAGAGACAACAUGGGGCUAUAGGUCUGUAGGACAUAUUUCAGCUCGAGUAUACUUAUUAAUUCACUAGGAUACACGGCGUGCUCUGCAAUAUUAUUAAUCUAUUGUUAAGGUUUGUUUAAAGACUCUGAGAAAUAGAGGAGUACCCCUCACCAACAUAGCUUGGUGUGUAGCUUAACUUUCAUAUCACAUUGCUUCCUGGUUAUGGUGUAAAUGCCAUUUGCAAAUGUUGAAUCCUGGUGAGCUUUUUCCAUAUUUUGCUACCUAUCAAGAUCCAAACCAUUCCUUUUGCACUUUGCAAAAAUAUCCUCUGCCAUCUGACUGCAGCCUUUUGAAGCAGGAAAAGCUACCUGACUGUUGAUAGUGCCCACUUGUGGAGAAUUCUGCCUGCUAAAUAUGAAUGAGUCCAUGAGGUGCUUCACAUCCAAUAAUGACUUUUUGAUUGAGGAGCUGCUCCUGUACUGUGCUUCUGAAGGAAAAAUGUCCAUCAUAGAGUUUGCCCCUUGGUUCAGCUCCGACCAGUGGCAUAAUCUGGGAUGUCUGUUGUUAUCUCACCAUCUGGGGUUGCACGGUAUGUUAUAUUAAGAUAUUAAGAUUAAAUAUGGGGUGGGCAAUAUAGCAAAAAUAUAACCUCAUGAUACUUUGACAUUUUCUUGAUAAAAAGAAUCACAAUAUUGAAUUUUUCUGAGGUUUUCACAGGCUGCACUAAAGUAAGUCUAAUUAAACGGCUAAUUAUGCUUUCUUUGUAAUAAAACAUGCAGUCAGUGUUCAACGAUGUCCACAAUAUGGCCAAAAAAGCCUAUUGUCAUCUACAAAUAUAGUCAUAUUGCCCAGCACUAUACGAUAUAGCUACAUAUUGUGAUAUGCCUUACAAAAUGCAUUGGUGAAUCAGUAAUAUAACAUGGUAAAAAGGUUGGCCUGCAUUGUUUUGUCUAAAAUCCUUUACUUUUGUAGGAUCCCGUUGCCUUGAUUUAACCAAAAACUCAUCUGGAAUGUUCGCGCUCCCAAUAAACAACUUUGCUUAAAUA